UUAAAUAGAAUAUAAUAUAUUAUUAAAUUUAUAGUGAGUGAUAGAUAACUUUAAAUAUUUAAUGAAUAAAGAAUAAAAAAUUGUAUUUUAUAAUGAAAGAUGAGAUUGAUAAAAUUAAAGUCUUUAGUUUAAAGUUUAUGUUAAUCUAGAUUACUGGAUAAAAGAAAAAAAAAAAUGGUAUUGUUUCCUCUGCCAAGACUACCAUGUACAUAAACCUGUACCAAAACAAUCUACAAGAAAGAUAAAUUUUGAAGGCCAUUUGUUUUGCUUCCUUUCUUCACGGGCCGCCCUUACUCAUGCUAGAGACGUAUUUGUUGCAUCAAAGUACAUUAACAGUAGAGUUUAAUUAAAAUUAUACUACUUAAUUCUAAAUUAAACUAAGGUAGAAUUCUUGACCGUCUAGACUUGACCAUGAAACCUAAUUGCGAAGUUAAGGAAACCACUCUGAUUCCCCUGUAAGCUCUACCAGUCUAGUUUUGCAGUUCUCUUUUCUCUUCCCUUGUAAUAAAUUUUGCCUCUGAUUCUUCUACGGAUGUACUGACAGCUUUUAUCAGGGAAGAUGGAAGAGGCUAUCAAAAAGGAGUUCAAACAGUUUGACAUUGUUACUGACUACUCGGAUCAUCAUUACAGUACCCAUUUUCCGUCUUCAGCUGCGUUCGCCGAUGCUAACAGUAAAGUACACAAGAAAAUCAUGCAAGAAUGGUGUAUUCUCGAAAACAACCUCCCUGAAACGAUCUUUGUUCGAGUAUAUGAUGAAAGAAUAGAUUUGAUUCGGGCUGCGAUUUUAGGUGCCAAUGGUACUCCUUACCAUGAUAACAUAUUCUUCUUUGAUAUAGCGUUUCCAUUCAAUUACCCUGAUGAACCUCCAUCAGUAUAUUACCGGUCUCACGGCCUUAACUUGAACCCUAACUUAUAUGCACAUGGAUAUGUCUGUUUGAGCCUCUUGAAUACUUGGUACGGCGACCCACAAGAAAACUGGGUGCCUUCAGAAUCUUCAAUUCUACAAGUUUUGAUCUCUCUUCAAGGGCUAGUUCUAAAUGCUAAACCUUACUUCAACGAACCUGGGGCAAAACCAUCUAAUUCUUGGCAGGAAUACAACAAGGAUGUGUUCGUUUUAUCUUGCAAGACAAUGCUAUUGAGUCUCAAGAAUCCUCCUAAGAAUUUUGAGGGUUUUGUUGCGCAGUUUUUUCGUGAGCGUGCAACCACUAUACUGAAAGCCUGUGAUGACUAUAUGAAUGGUCAUGCUAGCAUUGGUUAUACUAUAGAAGAUACCUCCUCAGAAAUCGAACUGCCAAGUAAGUUCAAAAAAGAUUUGGAAGGGGUUUACAAGCAGCUUGAAGUGGCAUUUAACAAGAACGGAAUUGAAAAGCCAAAACAACCUGAUGAGAUAUAUGAAGGAAGAUGAGGUUUUAGAGGGGAAACAGACUGCAAAAGGAUGCGAUCAAUCGUCAGUAUUCACUAGAAGCAAAAAGAUGUUCAAGAACAAGAGCCCGUAGUCAUACCUGAUCAGCUUUUCUCUGUAGUAAUCAAAGUAAACAUUUUCUUAUUUUGGAAUUGAAAAAGGAUUAAU